AUGCUGCGCUUGCGCGAGUCAUCUCGCGCUGAAUCGCUUGCGCAGAGCCUACGGCAAGAUGCGAGUCAAAUGUCGGGGCAGAAGAAGGAAGCAAACAAACAGAUCGAGCGCUUUUGGAAAGACGUGAAUUUACGAUACGUGCCCGCAGAAGAGGUGCCCGAGGUUGGUGAAGAUCAUUUUGUGAUACAGCUUGACAAUCGGUCUUUGCGCACGCCCGGCGGAAACAUUCUUCGCGUCCCGAGCGAGCGCCCAUUGCUUGCCUGUCUUACUGCGCAGGAAUGGGACGAGCAGGAAAAGGUGCUGCGUCCGACGUCAUUGCCGAUUACAUCGCUUAUUGCGCGCAGCAUUGAUGGAUUUGUUACCGAGCGCGACAGGGCCGACGUGGAACAGUACCUGCUUAAGUACCUGGAUACGGACGCGACCUGUUUUUAUGAAGAUGAGCCACCCGCGCUAGCUGCACUGCAAGAGAAGCGCUGGGAUCCAUUGAUUGCAUGGGCAAAAGAGCAUUUUCAAAUUGAUAUUAACGUUGCCAUUAAUACACUUAGCAACAAGCAGCCAGACGCGACAAGGGAGCGGGUUGCACAAAUCCUCGCUUCCCUAGAGCCGCUGGACCUUGCGUCGAUGGAGCGCGCGGUGAUGACCUCCAAGUCAAUUAUUAUUGGUCUUGCUCUUGUGUACCGCCGCAUUGACGCCGAACAGGCCGCGCUUGCUGCCGAAGUCGAGACGGCGGCACAAGCGUCAAUUUGGGGCGCCGUCGAAGAUUCACACGACGUCGAUCACGCCGACUUGCGCGAACGACUUGCGAGCGUUGCCUGUGCACAAGUCAUCACGGAGCCAGAACUUGUUGGUCGCUUUGUAGAUGUGCUGCACCGUAAAUAUGGUAAUUAA